UUGGUCUUCUUUUAAUUAUAUAUAUCCCACAGAUUCUUUGGUUUAAGUAGUACUGCAUCUUUGGCCUUGUUUACAUAUUUCAUCACUGAAAUCUCUCUCUCUCUCACAGCAAUCAUUCCCAGCCAAAUGCAUACCAAUCAAACACUACCACCACAAACCACAUUGGCUCUUCAAACUCUCCAUUGCAAACAAAUAUCAUCCCUGCUUUCUCAUGAAACCUUCAUCAAACACCAAUGCAUUAACACUCUCAAAACCCUGAACUCCCACAUCACCACCUGCCUCGCAGUCCACAACAACCUCCUCUAUGCUGCUUCCACCAACAUAAUCAAUGUCUUCGAUUUAUCCAACCACACCCACAUCGAUUCAUUCAACGACAAUCCCACUUCUGGGUCGGUCAAAUCCAUUGCAUUCAACAGCACCAACAUCUUCACAGCUCACCAAGACUCCAAGAUUCGUGUAUGGCAAAUAAGACUCACACACCACCACCUAGUUUCCACGCUUCCCACUCUCAAAGACCGUUUGUAUCGUUCCCUUUUGCCAAAGAACUAUGUCCACGUUAGAAGGCACAAGAAGAAGCUUUGGAUUGAACAUUGUGACACGGUUUCAGGCCUAGUUAUGAACAAAGGUUUAAUGUACUCGAUUUCUUGGGACAAAAGCUUUAAAAUAUGGAACACUUCUGACUAUUAUUGUUUAGAGUCAGUGAACAAAGCUCAUGAAGAUGCAGUGAACGCUAUUGCAGUAUCCGAUAAUGGAGUUGUUUACACUGCUUCAGCUGAUGGGUGCAUUAGGGUAUGGGAGAGAAAUGAUAGUGUGAAAAGACACACUUUGGUGAGUACCUUAGAGAAGCACAAAUCCACCAUUAAUGCUUUAGCUUUGAAUGGUGACGGGUCGGUUUUGUUUUCGGGUGGUUCUGACCGUUUGAUCAUGGUGUGGGAGAAGAAGAUGAUGAUCAAGAAUGGUGUGAAGAACAACAUGGGUUUUGUGGAGGAAUUGUGGGGUCACACAGGGGCUGUACUAUGCUUAAUCAACGUGCAGGAUUGCUUGUUUGCUAGUGGGUCAUCUGAUCGGACGGUGAGGAUUUGGCAACGUGGUAAAGAAAAUGGGUAUCAAUGUUUGGUUGUGAUGGAAGGACAUGAAAAACCGGUGAAGUCGUUGGUGGCAGUUUCUGCUGAGGUUUCUAAUGGUGUUGUUUCAGUUUGUAGUGGAAGUCUAGAUGGGGAGAUUAAGAUUUGGGACAUCUCGGGUUCUAGGAUCAACAACAUAUGUCCUCAAAUUUGA